CCGUAAAGUGAUGUGGAAGCGCUCAUUCUUUCCAGGGGUCGAGGGUAUUGUCUUAUUUCCUUUAGAAUAAUAGUAGGGCAAAAUUUUCAAUUAUGUUGUUUUAGACGGUAGUUAGUGUUUAGUCCAGAGCUGAGAAGGCUCAUUAAAUAGUGGUAUUUUUGAUUGUUGCCGACGAGGGAAAAGUUGUUGAGAGGUGAACUCCCUCUCUCCCUGUGUCUGUCCUGAACAGCCGGACAUAAUUGAAAAAAGCAGCAGAAUGGCGGCCAUGGACCGAGAGAUGAUUCUUGCCGAUUUUCAGGCAUGCACUGGAAUUGAAAAUAUUGAUGAAGCUAUUACAUUGCUCGAGCAGAAUAAUUGGGAUUUAGUGGCUGCUAUUAAUGGAAUAAUUCCACAAGAGAAUGGCAUUUUACAGACUGAAUUUGUUCGCGGUGAAACAUCGCAGGAGCCAGUUUACGGUCCUACCAGCCAACCUUCUUCCUCCUCCUCUUCAACUUCAUCAGCUUUCUGCCCAGUAGUACCAUCUAGACCAGUUGUAGAAAGGCAACCAAGAAUGUUAAACUUCAGAGUAGAAUACCGUGACAGAAACGUGGAAGUCGUAGUUGAAGACACGAACACAGUUGGUGCAAUCAAGCAAAUUUUAGAAAAUGAGUUACAACUUCCUAUAUCUCUCAUGCAGUUGAAAGGUUGGAAGUCAACAGAUGUAAGCGACAGUACUAUUCUGAGGUCUCUUCACUUGCCUAAGAAUAAUAGCCUUUACGUCCUCACACCUGACAUAGCCCAACCAGGGUCAGAUGGGCCAGCCACAAGUCAAUCUAGUGCCCUACAGGAGUCAUUAAAUCAAAACUUCAUGCUGAUCAUUACGCAUAGAGAAGCCCAACGGGAUUAUAGCCUGAACUUUCCGGGCACCAGAACUAUACAAGAGAUACGCAAACUCUACUAA